AUGAACAAUUCUUUGGCUCAGAGUUACUGGGGCAAUGGUGAGGUUAUGUGGAGUGCAAAGAACUCUAUAGGGAUGUCAGGUGGUAUGCUGCUAUUGUGGAAUCCCGCAAUUAUUGAGGCUCAGGUUAGUUUUGAAGGGGAUGGUUUUGUGGGGAUUCAGGCGUUGUGGAGAGGCACUUGUAUUUAUUUUGUCAACAUUUAUUCAGCGUGUACGAUACAUAGUAAAAGGAAGUUAUGGUCUGAUUUGGUAAAUCUUAAAUCUUCUUUCCCUUCGGGCUACUGGUGCGUUGGAGGUGAUUUCAACGCCAUAAAGAGGUCUUCGGAAAGGAAAGGGAACAGGGCUCGUUUUAUUCACUCAGAAAUGCAGGAAUUUGAUAAAUUCAUCUGCGACAUGGAUUUGGUGGAUCCACCAGCGUUUGGGAAUAAGUUCACGUGUUUCAGUUGUGCGAGAGACUCUAUGAGCAGGUUAGACCGUUUCAUACUAUCUGAAGGGCUGAUUGAUUUGUGGGGAAUUAAGGGACAAUUUGUUGAGAAUCGUAGUAUUAUGGACCACUGUCCUAUUGCUAUCAGGGCAAGUGUUCUUAAUUGGGGUCCGAAGCCGUUUAAAUUCUUUACGGCUUGGACUAAACAUCCGAGUUUUCUACCAUUGGUUAAAGAAGUGUGGUCUUCUUCGGUUAUUCAAGGUCGUAAAAUUUUCUGUUUUAAAGAAAAACUCAAAAUCCUAAAGGCAAGGCUGAGAGUGUGGAAUGCUGAAGUGUUUGGGAUGCAGGAUUUUCAAAUUGAUUUGGCAUUUAAGGAGCUAUCUGAUUCUGAUUUGUUGGCUGCAGCAGUCCUGGAUGAUGUUACCGUUUCUAAUUUUCAGGAGAAUCGUAAGGAGGUGUAUACUCGGGUUUGGGAUAGGCUGCUAGAGAGGGAAUCCUUCAUUAGACAGAAAUCUCGGUGUCGUUGGCUAAAGGAAGGAGAUCGGAACUCAAAAUUCUUUCAUUCAUUCAUGAAAUUAAGGUUUCGUCGUAAUGCGAUUAUUGGUUUUAAACAAGGAGCCGAAAUGGUUGAGGAUGUGGUGGGGGUAAAGAGCGUGGCGGUGGAGCAUUUUAAAGAUCGUUUUCAGGAAAAACUCAUAAACAGGCCCGUUCUUGACGGGGUGACCUUCAAUGAACUCUUGCCUAUGGAAGCUGCAAGCUUAGAGGAGCCUUUUACGAUGCAGGAUAUCAAGGAAGUGGUGGAGGGAUUUGCGUCUUUUGCUGAAUACGUGGGGGGCUGA